AUGGACAUUACCUAAUUGUCUUGAGCUUUCGCUCGAACCCUCGACAAGCACUGCCAUGGGAGGGGGUUACAUAAACAAACAUAUGGUAGAAAUCCAUCCCUUCGUGCAUUGAAUUUGGACCUCGUCCAUGAUUUCCAACCACCACGCAAUCCAUCUUCGAAAUCGGCAUCCAUUCAUUCACCAACUUCCUUAAACCGAUCUUUGACGUGAACAUCACACUAUUGAUUCAAUACAUUGUAUCUACGUAUUUUUGCUCGGAUCGUCUUGGUUUCUUUUUAUAAUCAUGAAGCCACACGGGACAAUGGAGUUGUAUGCAACCGGAGCCAACCACUCGUUGCAGCUGCAUUUUGCAAAACAAGAAGAAAUAUACCAAGGUGACGCUGAUGACCUUUGGAAAUUCACUUGCGUGUUUCGCCACAGAGACAUUCAUACCAUUCGAAGCUUUGAUUCGCAUACUAUUGUUUACCAAAAGAGGAACAACAGAUUCAUCGCAAAAGCAGGCCGCGCCCCACGAGGCCACAACGCCCUACGCUUCGUGGAUGAGAACAUCUACAGAACCUUCGCCGAGGCAAACAACGGACAUGUAGCAGUUUACAAUUCCGAAACAGCCACGAUCACCGAAUACGCCACCAUCAGAGACCUCCUCCGAGACCUAGGGUUCCAUUACAAACCGAAGCACGUGUCGUGGGAAGAUGAGCUGGUAAAAGAAGAGAGACCAAAAGACUGCAGGCCUUCGCGAAAGGAACAAUUCGCCUGUGGCUAUGAGCACUAUCAUGCUUAUCACGAAGUGAUUCCUCGACCAACCCUGGUCCUCGAGGUUUCUUACACCGGGUUUCCCGACAUCGUCCAGCUACUUGCUCACUCGACCGGAUUCGCGGCCCUCUCUUCGACAGGGGAGGUGUACACGUGGGGUGAUGAGCGGUUUGUUGGGUGCUUGGGGAGGGAGGUUAGCGAUGAGUGCCCAGCUCAGUACCCCUCCCCCGUCCCCCUUCUCUCCCAACUUCCCACCGGCCCCGUUCGGCACCUCUCCAUCAGCCCUACCUCCUCUUUGCUCGCCUGCCUGACAGCCGGCAACGACCUCUACAUCUGGGGGGAUCCCAGACAGCUACCCCCUUCUCUUCGAACACUUUUCUUCGACCAACGGCGAGCCGCCGAAGGCGAUUGGCACGAUUACAACGAUAGUCCGGUCCCUGUGGUAAUCACCGACACGGACGGGAACGAGGUGGAUGGUAUCGUGGACGUGGCUGUGGGCACCGAACACAUAAUAGCGCUGACGGACCAAGGGGAGGUGUAUGUGAUUGGGCAAAAUUGGUGUGGUCAGUUGGGACUGGGAGAGGAGAUUAAAUGGGUGACCAAGUGGGAGAAAGUACCUUUGUCGCUGGACGAUGGAGGUGGCGGGACUAAAAAGGAGAUCAAGGCGGUCGCGGCAGGCCCUUGGGCGAGUUUCUUGAUUGUUGGUGAGCAGGAGAAGCGCAUGUGAAGUCUGUUGAUGAGUUUUGUCAUGGGUACCAAAGCGUGGCGUUGUGCAAUUACUGGUUGGCUUAGUUGCUUUGCUGAAAGAGCGAAACAUCGAUUCUUGCAUAAUGAUACCACUUUUGACAUUACACACAACACCUUUGCCUGCUCUUACCAAACACUAGUUGG